AUGACUGAAAUACAUCGAUACCAAUUUCCAAAUAACGGAACUCAAUUUUUAUCUCACACUAACAACGGUUUUCAUACCGGUAUAAGAACGGGCCUCUCUUGGCAGAAUGAACCUACUAAUCCUCAAAAUCCUCAAAGAACUGACAUAAUUGGUUCGAACGGAAGACGAACGGGUUCUUUCGAUGCAACUUAUUCUUCCCUUUCUGAAUCUGAUAGAACGAUAAUUAAUUAUCAUUCUCGUUUACAUUCUUCCUCUACUGGAUACAUAAGUGAUGAUCGGUCUUCUACUUCCGAAGUGUUAACUACCGAUGAAGAUGUUAUUACUCCGAUUAACAACGGUUCUCCAGUUUUGGCUAAUCAAAAACUUAGCUUAUUAGAUGAGCCUAUUUAUUAUGAUGAUGAUUUAAAUAUAAAGCCCAACAAAGACAAAUAUCGUACCUUUCCAUUAUUAACCAGUACCAGUGGAAAUAAUGGAAAGCGUAAUGAUUUAACUUUAAAUGGUCCCCCAAGAUUUCAUUCUUCUUCUCCUGAAAUAACUCCUUUAAACUCUCCUGGCUUUGAUGAUCGAAAAGGAAAAUUAAAAUUUCCAACCAUGCGUGUAAAAGAUGAUAAUAAAUCUCGUAAAUUUCAAAGUUAUACCCCUCCUCCAACCUCUCAAUCUUCUUCCUCAAAAAGAUUUGAUAAAAGUUUUUCUUACGAUGACAGACUUCAUGAUUAUAAAUAUAAACGUUCUUUGGAAACUUUACAUUCGGUUUUUGAAUCUCAACAAUCCAGCGUUUCCCCUUCUGAUGCCCCUUUAAUCAGUCGGCCUGUAUCACCCCCUACUUUGUCUUAUCGUCAUUCUCCGGUAUCACCAACCAUGAAGUCUUUCUUUAAUGAUGAUUUGACUCAUUCAAGAUCAAAUAGUGCUUCGGCUAGGUCUCCCGGUGCUUUUAUUGAUAGAUCUCAUCACGUGAAUGAUCCUUCUCGUUCAACAAGAACUUUAACUUUUUCAAUUCCUUUACCUACCGAUAAAUUAUUCGAUUCUUUCAAAAAAAAAUCAAAGGAUCAAAAUCCAAUUUAUUUAAGAGCUAUUAAUGCUUUAGAAUCUAUGCAAUUCAAUGAAGCUAUCAGUUUAUUUACUCAAGUUCUAUCAAUAUAUCCUCAAAGUUAUUCUCUUAUAUGUUAUAGAGCUUAUGCUUCUUAUCAAGCUGAAAGUUGGAAUCAAGCUAUUAGUGAUUUAAACAGAGCUAUCUCAAAAAAACCAAGAAGAUCUCGUGCUUAUUCUCUUAGAGGCGAAGUAUAUCGUAGACUUAAUGAAUUUGAUGAAUCUUUAUCCGAUCUUAACAUGUCCUUAAAAUUAAAAAAGAACAUUUAUGCUCUAAGAGCUCGUGCUGAAGUUUAUAGUGCUAUGGAUAGAUUUUAUGAUGCUAUUAAUGAUUUAGAUUCCGUUUUAGAAAUUGAUCCAAAAAAUAUUUUAGCUAUAGUACGUCGUGCUAAAGCUUAUUGUUCUCUUGGUCUUUAUCAAGAUGCUUUAUCCGAUUUAGAAUUGGCUUUAAAUUUUGAUCCUGUAAAUACUUCUUCAAUAUUAAUGAAUCGUGGUGAAAUUUAUAGACUUAUGGGUCGUUAUGAUUUAGCUCUUUUGGAUUUUAACGCUUCAUUACAAAGUGAAGAAAAUUUAUUUGCUUUAGAAAGACGAGGAAUUGUAUAUAAAUUUUUAAAGAAAGAUAGAGAAGCUUUGGCUGAUUAUACUAGAGUUCUUCAAUUGGAUUCGAAAAAUUUUGCCGCUCAUAAAGGUCGUGCUGAAAUUUUAUAUAAUAUGGGCAAUCGUGAAGAAGCUCUGGUACACAUGAAUUUGGCUUUACAAAUUGAACCUUUUGAUUUUUCUUUAUUAAAAGGUAGAGGAAAAAUUAAUCAAGAAUUAG